UCCAGAACAGUCAUCGUUCUCCGCCAGCAAUGGAAAGGGGUUCAUCUUCCGACGAGGAAGACGAGCUCAUCCAUGAGAAUGAGAGGAAUGCCCCUGCAUCUACCUCUUCCUUCCACCUCACUUCCAAAUUCCACAAGAAGUACCUCUUCGCCAUUCUCCCUCUCUUCAUAAUCCUCCUCUACUACAUCACCCCCGAUACCCACUCUCUCUUCUCCCUAAACACCAACAACGUCCAUGACCGCACCACGGGAUCCCAAUUGCGCGCCCUCUACCUCUUGCGCCAACAGCAAUUAGGGCUUCUCCGCGCCCUCAAUUCCACUUCCCAAACGCACAUCCUCAAAUCCCUUCUCUCCGACCAGAUUUUCCUCAACUCACAGAUUCAACAGCUUUUCCUCCAUUCUGGUAACGCCACGUGUAGAGCCGUGGAUCAGAAGGUGUCGCAAAGAAGAAGCAUCGAGUGGAAGCCCAAGGGAGAUAAAUAUUUGGUUGCGGUGUGCGUUUCGGGGCAGAUGUCGAAGCGUCUGAUCUGCUUGGAGAAGCACAUGUUGUUCGCGGCACUCCUCAACCGCGUUUUGGUCAUUCCCAGCUCCAAGCUGGAUUACGAGUACGACAGAGUGUUGGAUAUCGACCACAUCAACAAUUGCCUCGGAACAAACGUGAAAGCCGUGAUAUCGUUCCAUGAGUUUUCCAUUAUGAAGAAGAAGCACGUGCACGUGCACGUGCACGUGCUGUUGCUGUGUUAUUUCUCGUUGCCUGAACCGUGCCAUCUAGACGAGGAGCAUUUGAGGAAGUUGAAGUCGUUGGGCCUGUCCAUGAGUAGGCCCACGGGCGUUUGGGAGGAGGAUGCACGGAAGCCCAACAAGAGGAGCGCGCAAGAUGUUGUGAAAAUGUUUUGGCGGGACGAGGAUGUUGUGGCCAUUGGGGAUGUCUUUUACGCGGAGGUGGAGCCGGACUGGGUGAUGCAACCGGGUGGCCCACUCGCUCACCACUGCAAGACUCUUAUUGAACCCCGCCGUCUAAUUCUCCUCACUGCGCAGCGUUUUAUUCAAACCUUCCUUGGAAGAAACUUCGUUGCCUUGCAUUUUCGAAGACACGACUUCUUGAACUUCUGUAAUGCCAAAAAGCCAAGUUGCUUUUAUCCCAUUCCUCAAGCGGCAGAGUGCAUCUUGCGUGUGGUUGAAAGGGCCAAUGCACCCCUCAUUUAUCUCUCUACGGACGCCGCAGAGACUGAAAUUGGUCUGCUUCAGUCACUGCUUGUGCUAGAUGGGAGGCCUGUUCCACUUGUCAAACGCCCUCCUCGUAAUUCAGCAGAAAAAUGGGAUGCUUUCUUGUACAGGCAUCAUAUGGAGGGAGACCCUCAGGUGGAAGCUAUGUUGGACAGGAGUAUAUGUGCUAUGUCAAGUGUGUUCAUUGGAGCCUCCGGUUCAAGUUUCACCCGAGACAUCCGACGGCUGAGAAAGGACUGGGGAUCCGCAUCAUUGUGCGAUGAGUACCUUUGCCAAGGUGAGGAGCCAAAUUUUGUAGCCGACAGUGAAUGACUUUUGGGGAGGGAGGGCUCAUCUUUGUCUUGCAAACAUUUUGUAUGUAUUCUCACGAGUCAUGUAUCAUAAUAGAAUUGCUUCUUCUUGUUAUAUAUAUUCUACCACAAUAAGUACAGUUUCUUUUCAAUUUCU